AUGGAGGCGGUGAUCGCUAUUAUAUGUGGCGAGCUUGAAAAGAAGCUUUCCAAAAAAGAUGAAGUAAUGCACUCUGCGAGGGCCAUGGCCCUUGAGAUACAAAAAAGCGUGACAGUUUCAGAUCUGGAAGAAAGCAUGUCAAAGGUGUCUUUGGUGAAAGAUGAUGAUCCCUUCCCUGAAGUAAAGAAUGGAAUUCUUCCAAUAUAUCUCCGCCUACUAGACAAGUCAAUGUCGUUGCAAAGUACCAAGAAUGAUGACGAAACUUUAGAAUUAUUCAUGGGCUUAGUUGCAGCGCUGUCAGUACUGUCUGGAGCAAAUGUUGCCGAAGCAUUGGUUCGAAGAACCGUUUUGUAUUCGAAUUCCAUUCUUGAGAGAGUGCGUAAAAGAGCAUUGGUUUUCAUUGGGUUUCUUGUGGCUCAUGUUUCUGAAGAACUAAGAGAAGGUUCUAGCGAUUUGGUCUCCAUGAUGGAAGAUGCUGUAGUAUUGCGGUUGAAGGACAAAAGUAAAACGGUUCGAAUUAGUGCGAUUGAGGUGUCGGUUUCAUUCUUGGAUGCAAAGUGUCAAUCAGAAAAUCUUCUGAAUUCAUUGUUGUGGAAUUUAUGGCACGACCCCUCGGCGGCGAGUCGCGGUUCUGCGGUUAAAGCUUUGCCAAUAAAUGAAAUGACAAUCGAACAUGUUAUUCAACGCAUACGAGAUUCCGAAAAAAGUGUUAGGGUUGCAGCACUACAAGCACUGACAGCAACCUUAGAUUCAGUUUCGCUCAUGUCCCCUGACACCUUUGUCGAAAUCAUUCGAGGAGGAUUCUCUGAUCGAUGCACCGCCACAAAGGAAGCAAUGCUUUCACUGGUAUUUUGUAAUUGGAUUGAAGUUCUGGACUAUGAUUUGCUACAACUACUUCGGCAGGUCGAUCUUUUUGCAAAUGAAGAGGAAUGCGGGGUGCUCAUUUCUGAGAUAAUGAGUUUCUUGGACGCAUGCAAUGACGAGACCCCAGACUAUCUUAACGUAGUGAACAUUCAAGCUCUCAGAGCAAGUUUGGUCCGCCAGAUGGGAUCGUUUGUGCAGUCGAUCGAAUUGAAGGAGUCUGCAACAGCUGAGGAAACAUUUCUGUUUCGGCUUGCACUUUGCAAAGGCGCAAAGUCGCCAGAUAUGCUUUCCCCAGAGAAUUAUAAAAUCUGCAGCUCUUUGGAUACCUCGGAACUGUGCAAUCAAAUUGCCCGACACUCUCUUUGCUUGAAAAAUGCCAUCGAAGAGGAAAACCCAAAUCGGCAAGAAGAAUACGCCUUUCACUGUUGUCACCUGAUGUAUAUAGCUGGUUUCGUUUCCAUUAGCGAAGAGGGGAGCAAGCGACAUUUCAUAAACUUCAUUGAACAGUUCCUUACUUCAAGAGAUACUCCCGAUGGACUGAUCGAUCGUUCCAUAUCGACACUCUUCGGUUUUGAGCGAAAAAAGAUCGACAGUUUCGGUAUGGUGUAUCGAGUCCUUCAUCGUUUGUCCCGUGAAGUUGCUGAGGAAACCAAAGACGAAGCAUGGAUCAAUGCACGGUACAUUGCCAUUCUUGCUCCAGCCUUGGAAAUCUCUCCAAGAGACGCAAUUGAUGAAGAUUUUGCUUUUGAGAUUUCAUUUAUGAUCGCGGCCUCGAUCACAGAUACAGCCGACGAUAUCCGAGAACUUGCUGUCAGUUGCCUCGGAAAACUUGGAUUCUUCAACCCCCCAACAAGAGUAUUGGGGGGCAUCAAUCCAAGUCUUUUGGAAUUAGCACUUAACGAAAAAGAGAAAUUGGCAAUUCGAAGUCAAGCUUUGCUUUCGCUUUGUGACUUGGCGAUGCUAUCUCAAGAAGAGCUACAGCGUCAACAGCGACCGAAUGAUUCAUCUUCCUUUGUCCAAGCACUGGAAACAUUGAUUCGGAACAGCAACCCGUCUGUCGUUGCUUUGGUCGGCGAAGUCACCAUGAAACUUCUCCUAGAUGGACGAAGCACCGAGAGAAAGCUGCUUGCCUCUCUUGUGGCAAUUUACUUCGAUCCAAACCAAAACAAAAUGGAUACAGAGUUCUCUGAGGCCAGAGCGGUGGGAAGCAGUAUUCGCUUGCAUCAACUACUCAGCGUUUUUUUUCCUGCAUUUGUGCUAAAGUCAGACCUUAACCGCGAUAUGCUGGUUGGUUCGCUUGGCCUCGCUCUUGAAUACUCUUCGAAUACAAAGUCAGGUAAAUCCUCAAAGCAAGGUCCAAGAUUUCCGAUGUUGAAAAUGAUGGAAUACAUCAUGGCAAUAUCGGAAAAUGAGUCUAGGUCUGUUGCUAUAUCGGUAUGCGUUCAAGUCGCACGAUUUUUGGUAUCAGCUGGAUCUCUACCAGCCGUUCAAUGUAGAGCAUUCUGCAGCUUUAUAUUGCAGCAUGUUACAAAAACACAGCUGGAUAGUGACGCAAACGUUCGCGAACUGAAUCUCAUUUUAGAAGACCUACGGAUGAUUGUACAAGAUGAAUCCGCUUUAGAAUCUUUGUCACAGGCAGCUGGUAGGCUAGUCGACCUGGAAGCAUCCAGGCCGAAUGACGACUCGGCGUUAGCAAGUGAUUCGGACUCAACUGGUAGCGAUUCCGAGCUAUCGAAGACUUCAGUUCUUGCCGACUCCACAAAUGCCUCGACUUGCUCGAGUUCGAAACGAUACGGCGGACGAAAGACCCAGAGCAUUGCCUAA